AAUUGUGGGCUCAAAUUUGUGUUCUAAUUCUCCUUGUCACUUCCCUUCGAGCAAACGCUCUUAUAGGGAAGACAAAAAUUUCUGAACCCGGUCCACCCUAACCUGACUUCCAUCAAUUUUCCCUAAUCCUGCCUCAAUCUUGAUUUAUACGGGAUGGGGAUAAGAUAACCUGUCCCGAAACCCCAUAACCCAUCCUCCAAAGUAUUAUAUUAUUUUUUUAUUAAAAGUAAUUUAUUUUUAUAUAUUUAUAUAUUUAAAUAUUAUAAUUUUAAUAAAAUGUAUAAAUAUAUUAUUAAAAUAAUAUAAAAAUUUUAUAUUUUUAAUUAUAUUUUAUUUUUUAAUAAAUAACUUUAUAUUAUAUAUUAAUAAAUUAAAAUAAAAAAAUAAAAAAAAUUUCUCGAGGGAACCCGCUCCGACUCGCUUCCCGGCGGACAAUGCCACCCCGAACCACUAUGAGUCUAGAAUGGAGGAGCAAUCCCACCCCCGACUUGCCCCGUUCACAUUCCUACUCUCUUCGCUAGGGUUUUUAGUUGAGGAAAACCGAUCAUUUCUCCAAAACAAUGGCGUCCAAAACCCUAAUUCGAACCGGAGCUUCAUUGAUGAACCGCUUGCUCUUAUCGAAUGCGAUUCUCCGCCAAAACCCUAACGCGAAUGCUCAAAUUGUAUGUCACGGCUUUGAAAUCACUCCUCAGCUACUCACUUCUCUCUCUAAAUUUCAAACAUCUCUUCAUUUGCCCCAAAAUGAUGACCAUUCCUUCAAUAAACUGGCCAGUGAAGAGUUUUUUCAUCCCUGUGGUCUCCCUUCUCUCCGCUUCUUCUUGCUGGACGGUGAUUCAUCGAGUGGGCCAAUGCUCUUAUUCCCUAAGAGGACAUUCCAACCUAGCCUCAUCAGGCGUAAGAGAAAUCAUGGUUUCUUUGCACGGGCAACCAAGGGCGGAAGGAAAGUCAUUGCUCGAAGAAUAGCAAAAGGUCGGUCAAGGAUUACCGCUUAGAAAUAUUUGCAUGCAGAAGUUGCCUUUGUUCAUGAUAUGACUAAGCAAAUCGGGAAAGACCUUGGGUCCAUUUUGGUGGCUCGGCCAACCCCUAAUGCCUUAUGGGACUACAAUGCAGUUUACAUCUUUCAUUUGUUUAGUUUAUGAUCAUCCACUUCUGUAUAAAUAUUUGAAUGAAUUUUGAUGAAACUCAAGAAUAUUAUGAAGAUAUAAUGGUCUACAGAUACUUGUUUUA